AUGUUACUGCUCACAUGAGAACUGACUACCAGAAUGUAUAUCACCUUCUACAUGCAGAACAUCAAGAAUGGGACCAAGACCCAUGUGCUGGCGCUCUAUGGUAACCUGACCCCUCCUCCCAUGAGGCUGAACAGUUCUUACCUGAAAAGAUUUGUAAACAUCUGCAAAAAAUACAGGCUGAAUUCACAAAAUAUCAUCGACUUGACCAACAAAGAUGUAUGCUUCCCUAGACGAUAGAAGAGCUAGACAGGCCUUCUGCCCAGAGCCCAGAGAUCCAGGCAAUGUGGAGCCAGCACUGGACAUCCUGGUCCUGAUGCUAGCCUGUGGUCACAUCUCCCUACUCUCUGCUUCUGUCUUCACACGACCUUCUGUGUCUGCGUCUCCUCCUCCAUCAUUAGAUUUAAGCCACCCAGGCAUCCCAACUGAUCUCACCCGAUGUCUGAAGACUCUUGCCAAUAAAGUCCCUCCUUUGGUCUCAGCAUGAA